AUGUCGCAAACAGGGACGAAAUCGAAUCAAGAUGAUACAGCGGGCAAAGGGGAAAAGAAAAUCAGAAAGAUACCUGAUAGCAGCCAAGGUCCGGAUUUUGAAUUGAGAUUGUUGACGUUGUUUUGCGUCCGGGCACUUGGGGCCGGAUACGAAUUUGAAGUGACCAAAGAAAGGGAAGACCUGAGCGGUAAAUUUGACGAUGUGAUUUUUCGGUAUCGAGUCGUAUACGAUAUGUUUGAAGGGCUCGAUUGGCGCUACCGCUUCCUGCAGGCAAAACAUAAGAAGGACGAGAGUGAAAAGAUAAAAGCAAUUGAACUUCUCAAAGAUGACGAUAACAAUUUCAGCUUACCAAAAUAUUUCCGCUCCUUCUGCAUGAUAAAAAGAAGAGGCGAAGACAUUCACGACUGCAUCCUUUGCACAAACAUCGGUUUCGAUUUGAACAAUUUCCAGAAAAAAGGCAUCGAGUUGGUGUCGAUUAACGACCAGCCUGAAGACAUUCUAGAGUUUGGUCCGCAGACACUUCGUUAUCAAUUGAAAUUCACAGAAGAGUUGCGACGAAAAGUGUUAAACGAGUGGUCAGACGUAUAUCGUUUUGCCAUAGCAUUGCAAACCUGUGCACGCAAAGAAAAAACUGAUUGGAAGAAUAACGAAAUCUUCAAAAGGUACUAUGUUGCUUUAAUCAAAGAACGCGUCAUCGAUUCUGCCACCGGAAAGUUUCACGUAGAUUUCGUAAACGAAGCUGAGGAUCUAUCCAAUGGCGCUCAACAACUUCGCCAAACCCUCAGCGAUUUAGCAGGGAAUAACUGGAAAAACUGGAAAUUCAAAUUGAACAACGAAAAAAGAAAAUCGGAUAAAAAAGGAAAUCCGUUACCGUUAAGAAUCUCAGAGAAAGAAUUGGACCAAUUCCUUGAGAAAUUCGUGUUUGUGGUGAACACGCCAAACGUAAACGAUUUAAAAGCCAUUUUACAAGCUCAAGAUAUGAGCAAGUACUACCCCCGCGAAGAGUGCGAACAGCAAACGAUCCGUUUGUUGGACGAAAUGCAGAAUGAAUUCUCCAACAAGAAAGUGGGCUAUUGGCUGAAAAAAGAAAAAAGUAAGAAAAUCUUAUUAGAUGGUGUUCCAACUACCUCACAAAAGUACCAGAAAGAAGUGGAUAAUGAAGUCGGGUUCAACGACGUCGCCAUUGAUAAAAUAGCCGUUAAACUAAGAGAUUUGCUGGCCAAUAAAAGGAUUGGACAAAUUAUCACACUAGCACCGAAGCAUACGGCCGUCAAAGUCAUUUCGGCCAUCAAGAAAAUGCAGGAAGACAAUAAGACUGGAAACCUUUUGGUUGUGACACAGAGUUGUCUAGAAGACAGGGACGAUAGGGAGCGUUGGAAGAACAUUUUGAAACUAAAAACAAAUUCUGAGAGUUGGAAGAACAUGUUGAAACUAAAAACAGAUCAACAUUUUCUCGUCGUUGUUUGCGAUAACGAAACACCUAAUCCGGAAGAUUACGCAGAUCUUGUUCCGGAUGAACACAUGGACAACAAGGUCAUUUUCAUCGGUCGCAACGGAAUUGACGAAAUGAAGGACGAUAUCAUUUAUGAAGAGUUGAAUGAGAAUUCCCGAACGGCUAUCCUGAAGAAAACAAUCACAUUCCAAGGAACAGUUCUAACCGUUGGUGAUUUGGUUGGAAACCAACCGGACAAAGUCAUCGAUUACCUUUCUAUAGAAGAGUUGCUGUCCCAGAAGAAAGACGUCAACAUUCCCCGGCCGGAUACAUCAGAAUGCGAAGAAUCCUUGUACAUCAAGAGGCAGUUGACGAUGGUAUUUCACGAAUCUUUCGAAAAAAAAUUAGCAGAACGCUUGAAUCGUACAAUAGAUCAACUCCACGAGGAAUGCAGAAUCACUUCACAAGGUGAAAUUAAAUGGUUUGUUGAAAACCAAGAUCGUGAAUCCAUUUGGAAAGAAAUAAAAAAUCUUACGGAUGAAGGAAUGUCAUCAAACGCCAUCGACGAGAGCCAACUUAUUUGUCUGGAUGAGGGAAGAGAACAGAUCCCGAUUGUGAUCAUAUCCGGAGUGGCUGGAACAGGCAAGUCAACUAUCCUCUCCAAUUACUACAUGGAAAUGAAAAGAGUAAAACCAGAUCAUUGGAUCAUAAAAAUCAACCUCGUAGAGCAGCAAACAGCUUUCCUCGAAUCAGUCACAGCAGACAAAGUCGUUGAUUUCUUUGUCAAACAGUUGCACAUCGCUGAAGAUGAAAGCCCAUUUUCUCGUUCACUGUUGAGGCACCGAAUAGAAACGGGAGACAGAAUUGCUUUCAUGUUUGACGGCUUCGAUGAAAUCAGCUAUCGUUGUCAACAGAACGUGAUUCGUUUGAUGAAAAUACUCGCCAGGAAAAAAACGAUUAAACUCUACGUAACGACAAGGCCCCACAUUGCAGACGAAUUACAAUUCGAGUUGUCUCAAUUGGCUCAUCAUCUGCAAAUCUUGGCUGAAAAAGACCAAAUUGAUUAUUUAGUCAGGUAUUGGCAAUCAAAUUUACAAGAGAUGGAAAUGGAAAACAAGUCGAUUAUCAUACAGACCUUCGCAGAAUCGUUAGCUCACCGAGUAUCUCAGACUCUAAGAGAUGAAGAGAGAGCCUUCAUUGGAGUUCCGUUGCAAUGUCGAAUUCUAGCCGAGUGCUAUCAAUCUGAACUCGAAAAACAAAUCAAAAACAAUAACGUAGCAGCAUGUCAAACACUAGUGCAUCAACACUUCGAUUUAAAGAGUCUGUACGAACGUCUUUUGGAUACCAAACGUCGCAUCUUUCGGGAAGAAAAGGCAGAAUCGUCAAGUUUCAAUCCAAUCGUGAGCUGCGCCAUCGAUUUCUUGAUCGAUGACAUUGAAUCUCAUCUCACUAAAUUGGCCAUAGAGACACUCGUUGUGGAAACGAAAGAGGUCAAAAAUCUUUGGCCCUCCCAACAACAGUAUUUCCAUUCGGAAGCUGAAAUAUCUGAAAAGGAAAAUAAAAUAACAGAUUUAGGAGUGAAAUACGGACUAAUAGUACGCAGCAAAGGUGACAAGCAAUCUAAAGUGCAGUUCUUACAUCGUACCUACGCCGAGUACCUGUUCGCCCGAUAUUUGCAUAGAGGAAUGGACAUCAACAAAUUCGACAACCAGCUUUUAGAUAAGAAACCUGUACGUGACUUGGUCGUUAAUGAAAUCUUAGUUGAAGGCCACUAUCACGGAGUAAGGGUAUUCUUGAAUUCUAUGCUGAAGAAGACAGGACAUAGUCAAAGAACGGAACUGCCAAAUCUAUUGCAAAAAUUGGCUAAAAGUUUAGAAGAGCACAUCACACGACUGUCACAACUUCCUUGCGAUUCCAAUUUAUUUCGUGUCCUCGAUAUCCUCGACCGCAUCAACCACGUCAACUGCCGCAUACAAUAUGCUGAACCCAGUGAUCGGCAUACCAACGCUUUAACUGUUACCCUACCAACUCAGAACUUGUUUUAUACCUUACUCAAUUGCCUUGAUGGAACGUUGAACGAAACUGAAAGGAAGCGAGUCGUCAGGUCUGCAUUCCAAUACCCUUUUCAAUUCUCUACCUUCUUAUAUCUGAGCAAAGGCCAACUGUUUCAAAGAGUUCUUUCUUAUUACGACGACGCAGACGCUUAUGACGUGGAGCGUAUCGUCAUGGAAUUUUUACAGGAAAGAUAUUCACCUGACUCCUAUGUCAUCGUUUUUAACAACGAGAGGGCAAAAGACGUCGUGGGAGAGAUGUUAAAGUUUAUGGAAAAAAACGGGGAGAAUUUAAAACACGUUUGGAACCCCGAACAAUUCGGACUACGGUACACACCAGUCUCAUUACUGCAUUUUUUCAUCUUUAAUGAAUAUUACAACUGCCUUUUAAGCCAAUUCUUACGUUUCCUAUCGUCAAUCUUCGUCGACGAUUACAGCUUUACUGAACUAAUAAAAUUCACAUUAAAGAUGCAAGAUUACAAUAACGAUAACUGGACGUUUCCCUCGAACAAUGGAAUUGAAAAGACCUUGGACAUUUUACGAGAUCUGUCACGACCGAGAGUGAUGGAAGGUUUAUGUCAUUUUGCACUCGUCACGGGUGUUAUUGAAAAAUAUUACCAACCUUUUGCAGCGGACGAUGAAGAUUCAUUGAGGGAUCCUGCUCGAAUGACUAGACUUCACUGGGCAGCGUUUAAUGGCGACAUGGAGGCGAUGGAAAGCGUGGGCGACUGGACGUGCAGCGUGGACGACAGCUUGACGCCCUUCUACGUAGCGGCCGCUCGUCAUCACAAACUAAUCUGCCACAAAAUAUUAUCAUUAUUAGAAACAAGUCUGACAACUGAUGAACUUAAAACACAUCUGGCCGAAUAUAAAGGAUUCGUAUAUACGGCCAUGUGGGACGCUGUUUACUUCCGUAACUUCAAAAUGUUUCAGCUGAUUCUUGAAUCCGUCAAACAAUCCUUAGGGCGACAUUACCUGAUGACUUUGUUGAAAACAAGUAAGCCUCGAGAUUCAUUUCAAAACCCGAGAUUUCAUGGAUCUUCCAUCUUGGCUCUUAAGAGCGGCAAAGUGUUGUUCAAAAUCAUAGCCCAAGUUUUGCUCGAGGAUGGCAGUCAAAAUGGAUACACUGAUUUAAACGAUCUAGUCUUCCACAAGAAAGCAACAGUCGAAAUAGUACUGAACAAUAUCGAAGAAGAAACAUUCCAGAAAAUGGUGGACGUGAAUGGACUGCAAAAUUGGACAAAACGCUUUUUAGACUACGACGUCGAUUGGGGAUUUCGUCUGCUAUCAACCGUCAUUACAAGGUUUACUCUAAACCAACGGCGGGAAUUUAUCGACAUCAUCAUAUCACCAAACAUUCCAACCUAUCAAUUUAAUGGAAUGAACGUUAGUUACUGGGAAAAGUGGUUCAAAAACGUGUUUACCGAUCAAAACUUUGAAAGCCUUGACAAACUUUUGAAAUUAUUAGUAGAUGGCAUUCCAAAACUAAUUUUUAAUUACAAUGUCGUCAUCAAGGCUCUAAUGUGUCAAAACGAGAAGCUUUCUACUGUUGCAUCGAAAUAUCUUUCGUCGUUGAAUUACCUCAAGUUUAAAGCACGCGUCAUGAGAAACGGACCAAAAGUGAUGAACGAACUUUUUACUUCGCAAUCAACUCAAGAAAGAGUUGGCCGAAAUUGGAUCAACAUUUUGCCAUUUUACCUCGGUAAAAUGGGCAAAUAUCACUUUGAAAAAUUAGUGAACACUAUGUUAUCAUUACACACCGAAAAGCACGGAAAAAAAACAAUUCAGAUUAGUUUGUGGAGCAAAUAUCUCGAUAGUUACUACAAGGUUGAAAAAGUGGACCAAUUCUUGAAACUCGUGUCAGACCAACUGGGCAAAAGAGCUGUAAGGAAAGUUGUGCUACACAAAGACUGCAUGGGAAUUGUUCUACUUGGAGCCGAAUUACAACAAGAUGCAGAAUUAGUUAAUGCUCUACUCACCCAUUUAAGUGACGAGGAUCGUGACUGUAUCGAGCACCUACUCGAAAGUAGUUUGUUAUCUUCGAGACGCUAUACACUGGACGAUACCACCGAACCUUGCGACUGUCAACCAAUGAAUGAUUGCGAUUGCUGGUAUUAACAACGUCAAAGGGUCGGCAAGUUGAAACAAAAUGAUGGGAAAGGUAGGAAACGGUGGGGAAAAGCCUUUCAUUACCCUCCCCAUUGGCACUUUGCACGAAAAAUUUUCUUAUUUUUGUUUUUCUUGCCUCUAAACGACCUUUAAUGUAAUCGACCUUCAACAUUUGCAUAAAAUUCUCGUUCAAUACACGUGCCUUACCUUUCCACAGAAA